ACCGAGGCCCCGCCUAGAGGGCGGGGGACUGGGGACGCGGCUGGCUUUAAAUGGGGGCCGUCCGGUGCCUCGGAAACAGUCGGCCGCGGGGGUAACACGGACGUUCCUAUACCCGAGUCGAGGAGGAUUGGCUGGGGCCGCCGCCAGUUCUCCGGGAGAGCGAGGGUGCCUCGGGCCGAGAUGCUCCUCCGGGACCUGGUGCUGCGUCGUGGCUGCUGCUGGCCCUCACUGUUGCUGCACUGCGCGUUCCACCCGUUCUGGGGCUUCGUGCAGGUGACACACGGCGAGCCCCAGAAGUCCUGCUCCAAGGUGACCAACAGCUGUCAACACAUCUGCCAGUGCCGGCCCCCACCCCCACUGCCCCCGCCACCCCCUCCCCCACCGCCUCCCAGACUCCUCUCCGCCCCAGCCCCCAACUCUACCUCAUGCCCUGCUGAGGAAAGCUGGUCAGGGCUGCUGAUCGCUGUCGCGGUGUGCUGCGCGUCCCUGGUGUUUCUCACUGUGCUUGUCAUCAUUUGCUACAAAGCCAUAAAGAGGAAACCGCUGAGAAAAGAGGAGAACGGCACCAGUGUUGCUGAGUAUCCCAUGACCUCCUCACAGAGCAACAAAGGGGUGGACGUGAACAAUGCUGUGGUGUAAGUCUGCAGGCCCUGGACUCCCUGACAGAGGGGCACCUUGGUGGCUUGUCCAGGACUUCAUUGCCUUGCAGGCCUUGAGCCUCCCGAAGGAGAAACCAUUCUCUUCCCAGCCAUGCCCCUGGUCAGCCAGCAGGCAGGACUGUCCAGACACCAGGCUGAGCCAGGCUCACCUGCACGCAGUACCCAGGGGCCACACUCCUGCCCGCGCGCUCCACCUCUCUUCAUUGUCUGUUUGAUCUGCUGUCUCGGCUGCUGUCUAAGGCAUGUGCUCUGAUGAAGGCAGGGAGUCUGGCUGGCUGGCGCAGGGAGGCAUUCCUUUUUAGCCAAAAGAAAGGUGAUCCAGGGGCCACUCUCCUGCUGGAAAACCUCUCCUCCUCCCCAGGAAGCCCACAUUCUCCGUUGACCGUGCUGUUCCCAACAGAAUCCAUCGUCACAGCCACGAGACCUCCCCUUUCAAAGGUGCUUCCCACACAUCUGUCCGUCACCCAUCUGUGACUGUCCUCAGUCUUCAGGGCUUGCCCUCUCCCGCCUGCCCCCACUGACACCCUGGGCCCCUGGCUCCUGACUCCCUGCUGUGGAGGGCCGUGAGCCAGGCCUGCAAAGUCCCCUCCUGACAGAGCAGACAACGGGGCUCGUUUACACUCGGGGGUACACUGGCUUUCCAGGGGCAGAAUGACUCACUGAACCCUAGACCAAGGGCCUGGGAAGGGCAGAGGCCACCACGCCUGUUCUCAGACUCAUGCCCACACCUGACCCUCGCAAGAACGGAUGCGUCCGUGUGAGCCAGGCCCUGCCUUCGUCUGGCAGAGGCCACCACUUGUGCCAAACCCACAGCGGGCGCUCUGGGCUGGGCCACCCCAGUCUGGUGUUGGGUCCCCCUGACACUCCCCUGAAGCCCUGACCAGGUACUCGGACCCUCUCCUGAGCACCCCUGGCCUCCUUUCUUCUGGAAGGAGGUGGCGUUCUUCCAGGGGCCCCCUCUGAAUGUCUCUGAGGUCUUAUGUUCUCAAAAUGCUGAGCCUUCCAGAGCAGUGGGUGGAUGAAAGGAAGGAGAGGAUGGGAGCAGAGACCCUCCAGGCCUGGCCACCCCGGGCUGCCGGCCUGCUUCCUGGGGGGCCACCUGCCCUGAGGGCACAUCACCAGGCCUGCAGAAAUAGCAGCCCUGCGAUUUGCAUCCCCUAGUGGAUCGGGAGAGCUCUCCCAACCCCAUGGCUCCCUCACCACUGGCCCACUUGCUCAGAAGCAGCGGGACGCACUGAUGGUUCCACUCUCUGGCUCGGUGGACCUGGCACACCUCCCAGACCACCAGAGUGGUUCUCUGGAGGGUCUUUGGGCCACAGGUUCCUGACUUCCACAUCCAGGUGAGACUGACUGGCUGAAAACCAGUCCCGUUUGGGCUGAACCAUGAUCCACACAUCUUCCUGUAGCCCUUGUGCCCACAGUUUUCUGGGUACCACUGUCUUGGAGAGCAGAGGGGAAGGUGAGUUUGCUGUGACUGUAAUGACCUUACCUAGGUCGUGCCCCCAGCUCAGCAGGUGCAGGCUGAGGACAGGCCCAGGGCAUACCCUCCCAGAAGGGGUUUUUCUUCUUCUCAGUUCUCCUUCUGUGUGAGGACUUGGUUUCAGUGGAUUUCGCUUCCCCUGCACACCUUGUCACACUGUCAUGGCACAGGGCACCAGCAGCCUUCGUCAUUGCCCCCGAGCCUGGUGAGCACCCCGUGGUAGUCCUGGUUGAUGCCCUCCAGUCCCCAUGGGAUGCAGAGCUGGGUGAGGAACAGGCCAGAGGAUGUGUGUCCCCAGCAGGGCAGACCCCACACCAGAGCUCUUUCCACCACUGCCUGAAGCCUCCCGUGAGCCCCCUGCCUGUUCCCUGAGCAGACACCUCAGCAGGAUCCCCUGGCCCCAGACACAAGCCCCCAGGGCUCAGAAGUGAGGGGAAGGCCCCUUCCACUGGAGGGGAAGAUCCUGGCUAAGGGGUUGUGGACUGCUCAGGGACCAUGAAGCCCAGCUUUGCACAAACCCACCUUCCCCCACGUUGGCGUAAACCUAGGAGGCCCCAGAUUUACAAGUAGCCUGAGCCUGCAAGCCUAAGUGAAGCUUCCCAGUGGGAACCCAGUAAACCAACCAACGCUCUGGGGCCAGAGGUACCUUCCUUGGGGACAUAGCCAGGGUUCUGUCGGAAGUUAAUAUUUGCACAUAAAUUCCCCCACAGUGGGUCUGGAAAAUCUCUUCUCACCCAGCUAGUGAAAAUCAAGAGCAGAGCCCAGUUUUUUAAAAAGUGUUCCCUGAGAACAGCCCUCAAACCCAGAACCAGCCAUUUGGAAGACAGCUGUCACGGCGCAGCAAGAGAGCCCAGCCAGAUUUUUAGCUUAAGCAGCAGAAGCAUUCAUAAAACCACACCGG